UAAUCUAUAAAAAGAAAACACAAAAAAAAAAAAAAAACCCUAACCCAGAUUUACUUUCUAUUUCUAAUUUCCAUGUCGUAAAAGAAAAAAAAAAAAAAUCAGUCUGUGUCUCUGUCCGUCAUCUGCCAUGUUUUUCUCAUUUAACAACACCUGCUUUCUUCUUUCUAUUUCUCAAUAAUAUUUAUCUACACCUCCUUUUCUUCUCUCUCGCUUUUUGAUAUUUCCACUUCUUCUUCUUCUUCUUCUUCUUCUUCCACCCCCUCGCCCUCUUCCUUUCUCUCUUUCCUUUAUAGAAUAGAAUCUCUCAACCCCCGUGUCUUACGCAAUUCUCCCCCCCAAAAAAUAAAAAUUCUCACAAAAACCACCAUACCACACCCAUUUUAAAACAAAACCACCCCUAAAACCGUCUUUCUCGUCUCUUCUCUGUAAUACUCAGAAGCCCUUUUUUUCUCUCUCUCUCAUUUUGGAGGGGUUUCCAUCAAAGGGGUUGUCUUGUUAUUAUUGUUGUUUGUUUCAAAUUCUUUUGGUUUUUUUGAAGGUGGCUAAAAUGAGCCGGGGUGCGUAGGAUAAGGAGUUUUAAUUGGAGGUGUACACGUGGACGGUGAGGAUGGGGACGGAGAUAUUAAUAAACAAGUGGGGUACAUGGGAGGAGCUGCUACUGGGUGGGGCCGUGAUCCGGCACGGUACCCGAGAUUGGAAUUUGGUUGCGUCGGAGCUCCGCGCCCGAACCGUUAAUUGCCCCUAUACUUUCACACCCGAGAUAUGUAAAGCGAAGUACGAGGACUUGCAGCAACGUUACUCAGGGUGCAAGGCUUGGUUUGAAGAGCUGCGGAAGCAAAGAAUGGCAGAGUUAAGGCGAGCAUUAGAACAAUCUGAAGGCUCAAUUGGGUCACUGGAAUCAAAACUUGAGAUUCUCAAGGCUGAGAGAAGGGAGGAUUGUCAUGUCAGUUAUGACUCCAGCCAGACAGAAUCACCUGUGCUAUUUCGGAAAUGUGAUGGGAUUGAAUCAUCCAGUAAAGAGACAUCUAAGGAUGGACUAUCUGCUGGUAGUUUUACUCAGGAUACCAAAACAAAUUGGACACCUGAAUGUCGAGUUGCAACUGCUAUGCCGGCUGCAGAGAUGGAGAUUAAGCCAGAAGUUUCAAUAUCCCCUGAAGAGAAUAAAGUUUCAAGCAUAUGGAAGCUGUCAGAGAGCAUAUUUGCAGGACAGGUAAGUAGUUUAAAAAGGAGGAGAGGGAAGCGAAAGCGGAAAGAUUGUAGCAAGGAUGUCAAGGAAGGGAGUGUUGGAGAAAGUGAGUUUUUGGGGUCAGCUGAUGCUUUGUUUGCUACUCGCUGUAAAGAUAAUUCAACUAGCACCUCUGGUCAAAUUGCAAGAUGUUCUACUGUUGAUGAUCAAUCCAGAGGUUCGAGCAAGGAUGGAGCGGUGGAUGUCAGGGUGAUUUUUGAUUCUAUUGCAGAGAACAAAUGUGCCUCUGUCUUUCAUCGGCGUCUUGAUAGCCAGAAGAGAGGAAGAUAUAAGAAAAUGAUCUUGCAGCACAUGGAUAUUGAUACCAUAAGAUCAAGAAUUGCUAGCGGCUCCAUCACAACAGCUAAAGAAAUCUUUCGAGACCUGCUUCUACUUGCUAACAAUGCCUUGGUCUUUUAUUCCAAGACUACUCGUGAAUACAAAUCUGCACUGCUUCUGAGAGACAUCGUCACCAAAAGUCUGCAGCAGAAUCUCAAGAAUUAUAUUACCAAGACUACGAUUACCUUUCUCUCAACCACAUCACCUUUGCUUAAUCCUCCUGUCAAACCUCAAUGUGCUCGUCCUGGUAAUGGAAAAUUGUCAGGAAAGGUGACCAAAGCUGGGAAGCUUGUUGCUAAAACUCCAAACACGGGUAAAAGACCAAAUAAUGUCCAUUCACCUCCUUCAGCAGAAUCUUCAGCAUUGAAAAAGAAAGGCUCUCAUUCUCCUCUUUUAGCAGAAUCUUUAGCCAUGAGAAAGAAAAGCUCUCAUUCCUUUCCUUCAGCAGAAUCUUUAGCCACGAGAAAGAAAGGCUUUGGCCGUCCAAGAAAAACUGGACAAGAAAGUACUACACAACGCUUUGAAAGUCUGCCUAAAGGAAGGAAGAGAUCCCGGGUUAAGUGACCAUAUUGUAUAGUUGUGUUCAUCAUCCCCUGUAACAUGUUACGACAAUUCUAAUGUUUUUUCUAGGAUUUUCCAAUGUACAAAGUCUCCCCCUUUGAAACUAACUGUUGUAUAGUCCAAAUGUAACAAAAAAUUAGAGAGAAACAUUUGCUUACUUGACGUGCGAGCUGAAGGCAGCGCAAUUUAUCAGAAGAGGUGAUUGCGACAAA